UGUUAUCUUCGAAGAUUUCAAUUCAAAAUUCAAAUUUCAAAAAUGGAAAAAUGUAAAACAUUUCGUAAAUAAUACUAAAAUUCUCGAAUUAAAGUUAUUUAUUUUGAAAAAUUCAACGUAAAUUCGACCUAAAUUUAUUCACCCUUCGCCGUUGAAUUCCUUUUUAUAGUAUCGAAGUAAUAUCAACUUUCAAGGAGGAAGUCGUAGGGUCGUGUGAAAAAUGAAGAUCUCUUCUCUUCAUCAUCUCAACUCAUUCAUUUGAAAUAAACCAUUCAAUCCAUACAAUGGAUUCAGAACUGGAGAACGUAGAUUUGGAUCAACCGAAUAAGAUGAUCCCCGAUGAGCAAUCAUCAUUUACGUGUGACUACUGCAAUCAAUCAUUCAUAUUAAAAUGUAACUUGGUAUCUCACAUCCGAGCCCAUAUCGGUGAUAAACCUCACUCUUGCGACGUCUGCAACGAAUCAUUUUCAACGAAAAGUGGUCUAGCUCUGCAUUUCCGUAUACACAAGGAUAUCGGCGCCGUGUAUAGAAGUUCGUCGCCGGAAAAUCAUCGAUUCAUUUGUAAUUACUGCGAAAAAGGAUUCAGUCUGAAGAGUAACCUAAUCCUACAUAUCAGAACUCAUACAGGAGAAAGACCGUACCGGUGUUCGUACUGUAAUAAAACAUCCGCAACCAAGUAUAACCUUUUAUCCCAUAUACGAACGCACUACAGUCAGAAAACCAUAAAAUGCGGAUACUGUGAUAAAUAUUUUUCCAGUCGGAAAAAUCUCCAUUCCCACGUUCAAAUUCAUAUCAGUACCAAACGUUACUAUUGUUCGUACUGUGAUAAAUCUUCCAUACAUAAGGGAACGUUGAGAGUCCACGAACGUAUACAUACCGGAGAGAAACCGUACAAGUGUAUAUACUGCAGUAAAUCGUUCAAUCAUCGGAGUAAUCUAACUCAUCAUGUUCGAAUUCACACCGGAGAAAGGCCUUACGUGUGUAAAUAUUGUAAUAAAGCGUUCAGGCAGAAGUACGCGUUGGAUGGACACGAAAGAAUACACACCGGAGCUAAACCUUACGUCUGCGUCGACUGUAAUAAAUGUUUUCCGUACAGUGCGAGUUUGAGAUCUCACAUGAAACAGCAUUACGGCGAGCAAGUGUUUACUUGUUACUAUUGCAUGAAAUCUUUCACUUCGAAGGUGUCUCUUAGUUUACAUAUCCGUAUUCAUUUAUGGAAUAAGAACCCUACGAAGAAAUACGUAAACAAAAACGAUGAAAUUUUAUUGCAACAAGCUCUAGCUGCGCAAAAUACACCCCCUGUUAUUAAAAAUAACCUGAAAAUGGAUCCUCUCGUAGUAUCGAAAGUCGAACACGAGCAAACCACCGUGAAAAUUGAUUACGAUAAUCCUCAAGUAGACAGUGUCGUGAACAUUUUGCUAACGCCGGAAUUGGAAAGUGGAUUAGUUCAGGAUUUGAAUGAUAAUUCGUCGUCUCCUUGCGAUUUGAAGAACAAACUACGCGAACAAUUGUGUAAAUUCAUGAAUAAGUACUCGUUGAAAAAUCUUCCCAGCAAGAGGGUGGCUACGUUCAAAAGUAAUGUCCCGAUUGCACCAUCUUCAGCACCGCCGAAACCUAAAACGUCGGCUGAGUAUUAUAAAAUGAUGCCUACGUUGAAAAGUUCCAAUACAGCUGCAAACCCGGAGCCUAUUUCGUUUGAAGAUUUGAAGAAUCAAAAAUCGGCUGAAUAUUAUAAAAUGAUGCGUUCGUUAAAAAGUAAUAACGCAGUUGAGAACCAGCAGACGAGCAAUGUUACGUCUGUUUUUUCACCUCAAGGUUCGAAUGAUCGAGAUCUUCGAGCAAAUGCGAUUGCAGAAAUUGAAAAACUCGGAUUGAAAGAACGUAUCAGUACCCAACUCAAGACAAUCGUAAAUAGUGGAAUGUUCGAAAAGGAACGAAGACUGGAAACGAAUAGAUAUAGAGCAGUAAUUGUACCGCUUCCACGGCCCAGAGAAGAGAAUCUAAAACUCCAAAUGAAUAGUCGUCUGCAAAAAUUAUUCCAAACUAAUUUAGUCAAGAGGUUUGAUACGUUGGCUAGUAACACAAUCGAAAAUAAAGUAAAACCAGAGAUUGUCCAUAUGAAGGAAGAGAAAGUAGAGCCUCAGAUUACUCAUCAAGAUGUCGAUGAAAUUAAUCUAAAUUCAACAUCGUGUGAAGCUGCAGCAGACUCAAAAUGUAUCGAAAAUACUGUUGAGCCUACAGAAGGAGAGAAUAUCGCAAAUGAACCAAUUACCGAAGUUCAUAUCAAAAUGGAAGCUGAAGAAGCUGAAGAACCUGAAGAAGGUAUCGUCAUAUGUUGAAAAAUAACGAAGCUGCAAAACGUAUCUGUUAUAUUUUUUUAUUCUACGUCCGAGAAUAUUUUGUUUAAUUUAUUUUUGAUUUAUCGAUUCACCCGAAUGUAUUCUUCGAGUUUUACAGGGUAUUUUUGUGAAAGUUUAGCUAAUGUAAAAAUAAUGUUACCAAACGUAAAAUAAUUUUUUUUACGAAAAGAUUAUGAUUUAUGUCUGUACAUUUUUUAAAAAAAUUAAAGACAAUUUACUUAGUA